AUGGAGGUCCCGUUCAUAUCUUCUGGGGCUAUGAGUCGAACACAUUAUUCUGUAGUGCGAAAAGUAGAGAACGCACCUUCUGCUCAAGCCGCAGACCAACUUCUUCUACGCGAGAUUGAGUCCGUUCGUCGCCGACUUGCAGACCCGAGACUUCACGUCAAGGAAUGCCAGGAAUGCUUGAUAUUGCUCCUAUAUUGUUCGAUGGCUUUGGUUGUUGCAUCCCCCGGUGAUCUGGACUUCGCACUACCCCACGCAGUCAAUCUCGCAGAAACUGGCCAGUCAACACAAUCGAAGAGAAUUGGCUAUCUAUUCUGUGCUGAGGUUAUGUCCCCCAGUCACGAACUACAGUUGAUGCUAAUCAACACGCUACGAAAGGAUCUGGAGAGUUCGCAUAUACCACGUAUUUGUCUCGCUCUUGAUGCUCUCAUACAGUCUUCCACCGAAGACGUGAUACCUGCAGUUCAGUCGCGUCUACAUGAUCUCCUCUCGCAUAGCUCGCCUCAUGUGCGUCGUCGCGCCCUCCUGGUUUUUCGUGUCCUGUCACGCUAUGACGCGGAAAUUCUGGCACGAAUAGAGGGAAAGGUCAUCAAACGUAUAAAAGAUUCUGACUUCUCAGUUUCUCAUGCUGCUCUCAUAGUUUCUACUCAUUUUAAAAGAAGUGAUAAGGUACAUGCUGCUAUCAGCGAUAUGCUGGCGUCUGCCUGGACCGCGGGUGAGCACAAGUCAAAAAGAAGAAUGUUGUUAGCGCUUCUCGAGGCUUUCCGAGUAACUAGGCCAUCUCCGGACAGCAUCCAUACAACUUUUGAGAUUAUACGUUAUGCUUCCGAAUAUGCUAAAGCUCCAUUGCUACGCGAGGCAUUCCUUGUACUGUCAUCUAUUCCAUGUGAAUCGAUAUCAAGUGCUCAAACGAAGCUUGCCUUAUCACCUGUCGAUAGCAUUCGUUAUCUAUUAGCCUCUACCGACCCAAACCAGCAAUACCUAUUUAUUACUUGUUUGGGAUGUCUUGAUCAGACGCUAUGGGCAGGGACCCUUCCGGACACCGUGGCCAUCCUGGACGAAUGGGAGGCUGAACGUGUCAUGAAGUUACUUGAUUCGAGUGACAGCUUGAUCCGAAAGAAUGCGAGUAUCCUCAGGAAAUUUUCGAUCUGUGGUCUUCUUCAACGCAUGCCUUCUGCACUAUCGAUCAGGGAUAGGGACGAAUACGUUUCUCGUCUAUUGGAAAUCGGUGAAAUACAAUGCGGAGGCGAUGGCGAGCUUUAUGCGGUCCAGUUGAGGGAGCUCUUGGCAGAUGUCGAUACGAAAGCCGAAAGCCUCCCGGAAGGCCAGCCUAUCAUCGAAAGUGCCGUCGAAAGGAUACUAGUGCACGUUCGAAGCAUGGACAUAUCUGGUCGUAUAGGUUGUGUUACGACAUUAAUUUCGCCUAUUGUUGAGAGUGAAAGCCGUAUUGGCUCCACACUUAUGGUCAUCAUAUCUGCACUGGUAUGUGAAUAUGCCGGAAAAACAUCCAUUUCGCCUGUAGCUAUCCUACGAGGAAUAUCGAGCAGAUUGUCGCUGUAUGCUGCUGCAGUACAAGAUGCUUGUUUGCUAUCAAUGCUGCGUCUCUGUGCAGAAUGCUCUCAGGUACCUGAUGAUGUUAUAGUGUCUACAAAGGAUAUAUUACAGCUUUCUAGGAGGCAUAUAACGCGGCGCUGUGAACAGUUUCUAAACUUGUCAAGUCAACGACAUGUCCUUACGGAAAUCAUCUCGAAAGCACAUUCAUCCUCGCUUCCAGAUUUCGUGGCUUCACUCUCUGAAUAUCAAAGUACGGAUAGUCAUCCCGAGAUUGGUCGAGUGGUAAAGCCUACUCCGUCGGGUUUAUCCUCUUUAAGGAGUACUGGCGCAUCGAGCAAACUUCGUUAUACCGCCUAUGAGACACCACAACCAACACCCAGUCUGCGGCACCUGACCAGUCCUCGGAUCGCUCCUACAAGUCCACAUACAGUCACCCAUUCUGAUCUUCAAGGUAGGCACCGAAGCUUGUCUCAGGCUAGCGAUGUCUCUUCUUCAUUCGGACCAUUGGCGAGAACGAUGACACCGGGCGAGCUGACACUUGCCACGAGCGAUAACGGCUUGGAUCGAUUAACCCAAACGGGGGAUACACGGAGACCGUCACCCGGUACGAUCACGCGCCAGAGCGGUAGCGAUGUGAAUAUGGAAAUUAGUUCAGCGCUCGAUGACUUGGCAUCCGGAGUUAAUCUGAUAUCGCUCGAAGCUCCCUUCAUUUCCGAGCUGAUGGUGUCGACCGAACCAGAUUUCCAAGGUUGCUGGGAAGGUAUGGGAGAUCAUAGCGGCCGUGGGUGGUGUGAAGCAUCAAUGGACACUAUCGUAAGGCGACUGCAGCAAUUGCAACACCGACUUAAAGUCAUCGCUAUCGACCAGCCACCCUAUGAAGGUUCUUCUAUUUGUUUCCGCUUGAUUAUCAGAUUCAGUAACGUGUGCUUCCUCUUGGCAGGUGACUUGAAGGUCCUUGUUCAGGCAGCGAGUCAGGUGGACUCGUAUCGAUGUGCGGCUCUGCGUUUGAGAGAAAGUGACGACGAAAGUUGUUUAUGGAGGAUGCGGUGCGAAGACGACGAGCUGAGGACGAGUAUAAAGAGACUUUUAGAUGAGAUCUAG